AACAUGUAACUAGAAACACUUUGCAUCGACAGCUCAGUAGAAUAACAUAGUUGAUUCAUGACGUUUUACAUAACAGUUUGGCACAGAAGAAAAACUUAGUAAACAUCGCAUGCUUGUAUGGUUAUAUGGCUUAAAACGUUUACCAACUCUAUAGUUUUUCUUGAAUUAAUUUAAAUGUACAAAAGCUAUGAAUAUGUAUCAGACACCAACAGUUGCUGUGUUUGCGAUAUUUAUGAUAUGUUUGUUGUACACUGUAGUCGCAGAGAAAACGAUAACAAAACGAAAAGGAGAUUUUUGCGAUACGUUGCCUUUUAACCAAACAAUUAGCGCUGAUGGCUGUGAGACCAAAUAUAUGGAGAAUAAUUUAUGUUAUGGUCAAUGCAAUUCGAAGUAUACGCCAGGUUUUAAAACUGGUUAUAUAAAAUGUGCAGCAUGUCGGCCCACGAAUCCCACGGUUAGAAAAAUAACGUUGAAAUGUAAAUAUGGAACUAAGAAAGUGUUAGAUGUUCAGUAUUUUGAAUUCUGUCAAUGUUUACAUCGAUCGUGCCGGAAGAUCAACAAAGUCAACGCACUCUCUCACUUAUUAUCUAUACGGCGUGGCCAAGCGCCAGGUAAAAGAUUAAAAGGGAGAAGAGCAUCCAAAAGGCGACGUCGUUGUCGAAAAAAGCGCGGGAAAAAAAAGAAAACAUGUUUGGAAAGAUGGCGGCAAGAUAAGAAGCGAGAAAAACGCAGGAGAAAUAAAAAUCGAAAUGAACUUCUUGAAGACGGACAAAUUUUAUGAGGAUUUUACUCAUGCAAUUUUAUGCUUGAACACUUCAUUUGAAAAACCGCAUCUUUGAAUUUUUCUUCCGUUGUUAUUAGCAACACAAAAUGAUCUGUGCUCACUAAUAAAGAUGUUAAGCAUAAACAAAGUUAAGAAUCAGAACAGUGACUCUACCUAAAAUGUCUUUCACUAAACUUUAUUUAUUUAUUUGAAAUACCUCAUUGGCUUUUUUUACGCCGAUUUUUCGUGGUCAUAUUUUUUGAAGCUUGCAAUCAAAGUCUCAUAGGCGAGCAUAUGACGUUUUUAAGCCAGUAAAAAGGAUCGCAAUUAAAGUUUCAAUAUAAGAUUUCGUACUAUAUAUUAGAAAUUUUUUGGAAGUAAAAACUUGCUUUUUGAAUUUCAAUGUUCCCCUCUUUGGUGUGAUAUCAGAGUGUGUUUCUUAACGAAUCCAUUAAAAAAAUAUUUAAGUACAUUUUGCGCUUUUGUCUUCCCUUCCGCAUUAAGUACGCUGUCAGAACAUCCCUUUUUCAGGGUCAUAUAGAGCGGUUAUUUUUUUGGAAUAUUUUUUUGUUUAUUUUAGGAAUUAUUUAUUUCAUUGUUUAUACAGGAUUGAUAGACUUCAUUAUUUUAAAAAUUAAUAACUAAAAAAGUAUGUUAACAAUAUUGUGACAAUAUUAUUGUGUAGUAUUUAAUAAUGGGAUAAAAUAUAAAAUGUUUACCUUAA